ACGCGUGCGAACCUACAGAGCAAUGCUGACGCCGCCGACGACGUUCCCGGCGGCUGGGGCGCUCUCGGAGCAGGCCGAGACCGCGGCUAUCGUGUCCGCCCUCACGCACGUCAUCGCCAGCGGCCGCGGCCCGCCGGCGCCCGCGCCACCGCUGGUCAUGCCGUGCCACCCGGGUGUCCAGCAGCUCGGCGCGUCCACGUCGUCCCGAGGAACAGAGGCGCCGCCGCGCAAGUAUCGCGGCGUGAGGCGGCGGCCGUGGGGCAAAUGGGCGGCUGAGAUCCGUGACCCACAGAAGGCGGCGCGGGUGUGGCUUGGCACGUUCGCCACCGCCGAGGACGCGGCGCGCGCGUACGACGCCGCCGCGCUCCGCUUCCGCGGGAGCCGCGCCAAGCUCAACUUCCCCGAGGACGCUGCGGCCGCCACCGCGCGCCGCGCCAGGGAUGCCGCGACGGCCGCGGCGGCGGCGUCCUCGAAGCCGGCCGCGCUGCUGGAGUCGCAGGACGGCGACGUCAUGGACUACCUGGACUACUCCAAGAUCCUCGCGGAGCCGGAGCCGAGCAACGUGAUGGGCCGACUGUUGGGCGGCGACGGGAACGGACGGUUCCUGGGGUCGUGGAGCAUCGGGACGUCGCCGGCGUCGUCUGCGUCGAGCGCGUCGCUCGCCGGGGCAGGACCCGCCUCCGCUGCUCUGUUUCAGUGCGGCAGCGGCUUGAAGCAGAGCAGUGAGAGUUCGUCGCAUAGGGGUUACUAGCCAAAGGUUGUCAACCUCUUAGGGAGAGAAGCGUGGGCGAUUCCCGAUGAUAAACGAGCAAAAGAGAAGACCGGCGAAAUUUCCCGCCUUUCGGUGCGCGUCGUACUUCACACUUUCAUCCUAUGCAUGCAUAAGUUCUGUCACAUCGUGAGCAGCAAGUCAGAUGGGGGUUGGGGGGCCAGCGAAGGUCACUUUCUUGGACUGAUGAGCCAGAGCCGAGAGAUGUGGAAUUUUGGGUUCAAUUGCAUUCAUCAGCAAGCAACUAAAGACGAAGAUUUAUGAUUUUCUUUUAGUAGUGCCAUGUAGGUUCUUGGUUUUCAUCGAGGUCAGUUUCUAAACUGAAGCUCUCUAACUCAGCUAGCUAGCAAAGUUACUAGAGCUAGAUAGUGUUCAUUUUAAAUUACUUCCAGGAGGAAAAUAAAUCAUCUAUAAUG